AUGUUCACCAAGUUUCUCUCCCGCGUGAGGGCGUUGCCGCCAAGAUCGGGGGACUGGGCCAACAAGCUGGGGCCUGUUGCUCUCAUGGGCUAUUCGGGAGGAGCGCACAUGAGUUCAACGAAGCUGCUGAACCAUUUCUAUGAGUCUCCACGAGACUGUGACAUGUAUGCGGAGUUGACUUUCCAUGAGCCCGGCCCUGUCGAGUGUCCACCGGAGACGGUCAUUUUUCUCCCUGUAAUUCAGUGUGGUGAGAUGCUCAAUGACACAAAUGAGCCCAGCGGUGUCACCGAGGACGACUGGUACGUAGCUUUGACGGAGGCAACGACGGAGUUGCUGGAGAAGGGCUACGUACCAGUGAGCGCUGGUGGCGACGGGUCAGCGACACUGGCCAUGAUUGAGGCGUACAAGCGGCUUUUCCAGUCAAGUGAGGUGGUUCUUAUUCACUUUUCUUCGAAACCGUCUCUUGAAAGGGCAGAGCAGCCGAUUCGUGUCUUGCUUGAGAAGGACCUGUUGAAGGGUGUUGUCGAGAUCGGUAAUCGCUGCGUCUCGUCCGGCGACCGCAAAAUACGCAAGCAGAACAAGAUUAUGUACAUGGAUAUUCAAGCCAUCUACGCGAAGGGGCUAUUUUGCAUUCGCGAUAUCCGCAAUGACUAUCCCGUUUUUCUUAGCAUUGACGCUGAUGUAUUGGACCCGGCCUUUGCACCGGCCGUGCAGUCGCCUGUGUCUGGGGGUCUCUCUAUACGGGACCUCCUUCACAUCAUGGCCGGCAUCCGAGGCCCCAAGGUAGCUGGUAUUGACAUCCACGGGUACCACCCUACUCUCGACGUGUGCCGUGGCGAUGGACUGGGGUUGACGCAGAUGGCAUUGGCAAAGGUGUUAAAGGAAUCGAUUGUCAAAGCGUACACAAUCUCUACGCAGACUGCAGAGGAGGGUCUUGAACGAGUCCGCAUGCUGCAACGACAGGGUACGCUGUCUGACAACCCGUACCCCGACCACUGA